AUCAGAAAGCUAUUCUUGACAAAACGAGCCCGUGAAGACUUCCCCAACUGUCUGACCGUGUCAAACCUAGUAACUCAAACCCUAACACUGUGAGUCAAUGCUUGGGUCCUACACUGCUAUGGUACCUGCGUCUAGACUUUACGGAGUCCUUCUCGCCCGAGAGCUGGAGUUGGAAUCUCCACAGUACAAUAAAACAAAAUUAGCAUCGUGGCAUUUCUUAACUUCUAUUCCUGAUCGAAGAAAAGGAAAAAUUUUCCGAAGAACCGCCGAAAACAGGCCCGGCCUUCUCCUAGACCUUCCCUCCCUAAUUCAUUAUUUGAUACCGUUCUCCAAUAAUAUGACAUGUUUUGGGAGGCGGGACAUGAAGUCCUCUUUUUUUUCUUUUACGUCGUGGGGUCUUGGUGGUGGGUUGUUUUUUUAUUCGUGGAUUUUUUUUUGAUUGUUAAUGUUAGCUUCCUCCCCGAUAAAUUGAUGUCAACUGGUAAGUAUGGGUACUGGCUCCACUUGGAUUUAUUUGUUUGUUGCCAUACUGGCAUUUUUUGAGCCGUGUUAUUGAUGUUUACAUGAGUAAGGGAUAAGGUAUGGUAGUUGAUUGAUUAAUCCAUUCAUUAAUCGGAAGUUUUGAGUAAUCGUCUCUGCGAGC